AUGACUAAAAUAUACAAGCCUAAAAAUCAUAGGACUUGCUGCAUCGUUAUAAUUUACCGACUUUUACCUACUUCAAAUUUAAGAACAUCUUUGGGUAACAAAAUUGGUGGCUAUUUGAGCAAUCUCGA